GAGAGAGAAAGAGAGAAAGAGAGAGAGAGAGAGAGAGAGGUUUAGGGUUUGUUCUGGUACACCUGCGGAGGAGCAUAGGGAGGAGGACGACGAUGGCGGAGCACGCGGGGGAGGAGACGAGCUCGGCGAGGGAGGCGCUCACGGAGGAGAUCGCGGAGAAGCUCCACGAUCAUCACCACGGCGGCGGCGGCGGUGGCGGCGGUGACUCCUCGUCGUCGUCCGAUUCCGACGCCGAGCGAUCCCGGGCCUCCGCUCCACCCCCGAAGAAGCCCAACAACUCCUGUCGCCUCUUCGGGAGGGAGAAACCCGUUCACGCGGUCCUCGGCGGCGGGAAAGUUGCUGAUGUGUUACUAUGGAGAGAUAGGAAAAUCUCUGUCGGAGUGCUCGGUGUCGCGACAAUUAUUUGGGUUUUGUUUGAAGUUCUUGAGUUCCAUCUGCUAACCCUUGUCGCCCACUGCCUCAUACUCUCUUUCGCCAUCUUGUUCCUUUGGUCUAAUGCCUCCACCUUCAUCAAUAAGACUCCGCCUCGCUUUCCGGAGGUGAGCAUUCCUGAAGAUGCGGUUGUGAAUGUUGCUCGUUCCCUGCGGUAUGACAUCAACAGGGCCUUUGCCGUUCUUAGGGAGAUCGCAACUGGCCGUGACUUGAAGAAAUUUCUCAUUGUAAUUGCUGGUCUCUGGGUUCUUUCUGUUAUUGGGAGCCAGUGCAAUUUCCUGACCUUGUUUUACAUAGUUUUUGUAAUACUGCACACUGUGCCAGUUCUAUAUGAGAAGUACCAGGACAAGGUGGAUUUAUAUGCGGAGAAGGCCAUGGCAGAAAUUAAGAAGCAUUAUGCGGUGUUCGACGCCAAGGUUCUGAGUAAAAUCCCUAGGGGCCCAUCGAAAGCAAAGAAGCACUAAAAUUGUAGGGUUUCAUUGUGAAUGGCUAGUUUGUGGUUUCGUCAGGUGAUACAGCGACUUGUUUCUUGGUUUCUUGGCGGUCCAAGUACCUCUCUUUAUCUUAUACUAUAGGGCUCUUUUUUUAGUUUGAACAAGUAUAUGAUUAUAGUUUGUUAAAGCAGCAGUAGAUCUUAAGUUUUUUGUGCGCUAAGAAUAGGUCUUUUUGUGUGUGUGUGUGUGUGUGUGUGUGUGUGUGUGUAGUGUGUUCAUAGUAAGAUCUUUCUAUUAUUGAUGAUCUUACCGAUCUGUGGAUAUAAAAUAGUUGAAAGAACAAUGUUUGAUCAGUUAAAUUUCCAAUUCAUGAUCCUGUGUUGCUUCA